GCUUUUUCGCAGGCUAUUGCUAGGGUUGAGUCAAUUGAUUCAGAAGGAGAGCCUCUGCCAUACCAAUUCUCGAGGCUAAUCGAUCUAUUCGUUAGCUAUACACCACUUUCUGGUGUGCAAUCAGUUGAUAAAGUCGAAGUUAAAUCCCGAGCUACUCCAAUUCUGACGCUUCUAUUCGAUCAUCUUAGACGCAAUGCUUCGCGUGGUCUAUGGAUUGAGCCUACCAAUCUGGAAGCCCACAACUCUAUCGGAAUCGCCAUGUUUCCUGUGCGUGGCUCAAGUCUAGGUACUGCUCGGCUCAUUGUGCGAGCCCGGCAAAAAAGAGGAGCGACGGAUAGAGGCCUGGCUUCCUCUGAAGAUGCCAUUAUCAGUUCUAAUCGGCAAGCAGACGGCGUUGGGCAUCCAGCUGAUAUCGUGGCUCGCAGCAACGCUGUUGAUAUUCAAGUAUAUUUAUUAGACAAUAUUUACUUGACUGAUGACUUCGGGCAAGAUCUAGUAAAAAAGGGGAUUUGA